AUGCUCCACAAUUCGUCCUGUUACUGUUGGGUAGAGGCCAAGUGAAAAUCACGUCCUUGUGCUUUUUGAGCGAUGCUUCGCUGCAUCGUUGUCAGUCAGAAGUCGGUUUAAUUAGUCCGCAAAGUUUGUUCAACGCCAUAUGUUUGCUGCGGCAUUUUGUAGAAGUAUUAUACCAUGAGAAGAAUAGUAACAUUCAAAGCGACCCUAUUGUGUUAUUGUGUAACUGAUGUUGUGUUGAUUGGCCGUACAAUCUAGUAACAACUUUGGCUGUUACUUUUAACUAGAAAGGUCAACAAUCAAUAGUCCUUCGUUUUGAUGACCGGGUGCGAAUGGAGCUCAUAAGCUUUAUCCUGCAUAAGGAUCCUGCAGAAGGAUUACGGAUGGUCGUUAGCAGCAUUAUAAACCUGUGAGUUCUACGUGAGGGCAACGUUAUUAAAAUGAUAUCUUUAGUGUUUCCCUAGCGUAUCUCGGUGACAAACCUUUUUUUCUUUACGGCUUUACGGCUGCAAUUGUGCUUCCAAAAUAUAAUGUAAAGCAGCUCCGCUAAUUGCCUGAUCACUAUGCAUCGAUUUGUGUUACUUUAAAGUGGAUUUAAGGUGUUUUCUAUAAUUAACAAAAUUAUCAAAAAAUAUUAGUUGAAACAAAAUUGUAGGCUACUGAGUUAAGUACCUGCUGUAUCCCGAUUGUCGUGUCCUACCCCUGCUUGAAAAAUUGUUACCACAAUAACUGCCAGCAUCACAUAUUUCCGGCAUGUGCUAGGUAAGUGUUUAAGGUAAGGUGGCAUCCGUCUGUAAAGUAUCAUUACGAUGUAAAGAACAGUGGUUGCGUUGUUCAAUGGAUCUAAAAAGUGGUCUCCACUCAACGCCUAAACGCUUUUCCUACGAGUUCCAUUGGGCAGAAUAGGGUCCGUACAUAUUAAGAUAAUUUGCAUAGGCUGCAUCUGCAAGCGAUUCCAAGAAUGUUCUCUACUCCCAAAGGAUCACUCUACUUUUGAGUGUUCCUAUAUAUACAGCGUGACUUUUCGUAUCUGACACACAGCAUCACGUGUAAGCAGUGCAGCGGUGCUGAGAGGCUAAACUACCAAGACGAUGUGGAAACGGUCGACAGCAGGCUUGCUGACAAAGUUGGUGAUGCGCGACCUGAAUAACGAGAAAUCUUGUUGCAAGAAGCUCCCUCCACUGUCCUAGACAGCGUCUAUCUCAUGCUAGAUGUGGAGAUUCUUAAUGGAAGGACACGAGCGACAAGACAACCCACCUUUGAAGCAUCCAUACUCAGAACAGAAGGAUGGUUUUGUGUAUCCUUUAUGGACGGUCGUGUUAUGUUGCUUGGCCACGUAGCAGAAAAGGACAUCAUGGCUUUCCGUGGACCCUGUGCGUGCUGGGAACACGCGCCUACUUAUGGAAAGCGGUUGCGAUUAAAACGAUUUGGACUCCAUAAAAGAGUAUGUCCGCGAGGAUAACGAUUUGUGCUAUUGAUGAUUUUAUACAUCGUUUUGGUUUUUGAA